AUGGCGACGAAUGCAGCUGACGAAUUCAACGAUCCCGACACUGUCACCGACGACGUCCCUCAGGGUGGAGAUACGGUCGACAAUUCUUAUGCUACCGAAUCUAAUACCAAGAUUCCCGUAGUGAAGGACGAGACGCAAGUCGAGCAGCCUAAUACUACUGCCCGAGACCCAGAUUCUGAUGCAGCUCUCCAACAAGAUGAGGCUGAAGCCAUCGACAAAAGCAACAUCCUCGGAGGAGGACGUACGCGUGGUGCCAAACAGCCGAGUGGAAAAUAUCAAGAGCCAGGCGACGAGGAGGGCCUGCCAGGACCGGAUGAAGGCAUUUCAUCUACCAGAUAA